ACCGGCGGGGUUGGGGGAUGGAGCAGAGUCAGACAUUAUGAGGAAAUGAGGAAGGAGUGAGUGAGUAAAAGGGAAGGAUGAAAAAGAAAGUGGAUGAAGAACGAUGGAACGAAUAAAACGCUGCUCGAGGCAUGGGCCAAUAAGAACGCGCCUUUUCAGUUCCCCUGGGCAAUAUCUUUCCCGCAGAUAUUUAAGCACAUCUUUUUGUAUUCUCCACACAUCAGCUUCAUCCUUUCUCAUCAACUUCACUCUAAUAGCGCAUCAACCAUGGCCAACCUUACAGCCUCCAACUUUGCUGAUCGCACUUAUCCUGACACCAUCUGCCUGUUCGAUGUCGACGGCACUCUGACCCCUGCUCGCUUGGAAAUCACAAAGUCCAUGGAGGAGACUUUGGUUGAGCUCCGCAAGAAGUGCGUUAUCGGUUUCGUCGGCGGAUCUGAUCUCAGCAAGCAGGUUGAGCAGCUUGGUCCCAAUGUGCUCCAGAACUUUGAUUACUGCUUCUCAGAGAAUGGUCUGACGGCCUACAAGAUGGGUGUCCAGCUCGCCUCUCAGAGCUUCAUUGGUCACUUGGGCGAGGACCGUUACAAGAAGCUGGUCAACUUUGUCCUUCGCUAUAUUGCCGAUAUGGAUAUCCCUGUUAAGCGUGGUACGUUUAUCGAGUUCCGCAACGGAAUGAUCAACAUUUCUCCCAUCGGACGAAACUGUAGCCAUCCCGAGCGUAACGAGUUCGAGAGGUUCGAUUUGGAGCACAAAUUGCGCGAGAAGUUUGUCGCUGCUCUCCAGAAUGAGUUCCCCGACUACGGCCUCACCUACUCCAUCGGUGGCCAGAUCUCGUUCGAUGUCUUCCCAACUGGAUGGGACAAGACCUACUGCCUCCGCCACAUCGAGCACGAGAACUUCAAGACGGUCCACUUCUUUGGUGACAAGACCUUCAAGGGCGGCAAUGACUAUGAAAUCUACAGCGACUCGCGUGUUACCGGUCACGCUGUCAACAGCCCCCUAGAUACUGAGAGGAUCUUGAAGGAACUUUUCUUCUAAAGUACAUACAUAACUUCAACCAUAGACACCACCACUUCCAAUGUAAUCUUCCGCUUUUUUAAAAAAAAAAUAUACUUCUCAUCUCUUUGCUUGAAAGAAGGGCCGUAGACUUGUCAUAUCCGCG